GCGACAAACCCCCUGAACAAGGACCUGGACUGGGAGGGUAUCAAUGCCUUCUGUGAGCAGCUCAAUAAGGAGUUGGAGGGUCCUCCCCUUGCUACCCGACUUCUUGCCCACAAGAUUCAGUCUCCGCAGGAAUGGGAAGCUAUCCAGGCCCUCACGGUGUUGGAGUUGUGCAUGAAGAGCUGUGGCAAACGCUUCCAUGAUGAGGUGGGCAAGUUCCGCUUCCUCAAUGAACUCAUCAAAGUGGUGUCACCCAAGUAUCUUGGCAGCCGUACACCAGAAAAAGUGAAGUCAAAGAUCCUGGAACUGAUGUACAGCUGGACAUUAGGGCUGCCUCACGAGGUGAAAAUCUCAGAGGCCUACCAGAUGCUGAAGAAACAAGGAAUCGUGAAAUGUGACCCAAAGCUGCCUGACGAUGCUCCUUUUCCGCCUCCUCCCCCUCGGCCCAAGAACAUAAUUUUUGAUGAUGAAGAGAAAUCCAAGAUACUGGCUCGUCUCCUGAAAAGUUCCCAUCCUGAGGACCUCCGGGCUGCCAACAAGCUCAUAAAGGAGAUGGUUCAGGAGGAUCAGAAGCGCAUGGAGAAGAUCUCUAAGAGAGUGAAUGCCAUCGAGGAGGUGAACAACAAUGUGAAGCUGCUGACAGAGAUGGUGACAAACUACAGCAAGGGGGAGACAACAGAGAGCAAUGAGGACCUAAUGAAGGAGCUGUAUCAGCGCUGUGAGCGCAUGAGGCCCAUGCUUUUCCGGCUCGCCAGUGACACAGAAGACAAUGAUGAAGCUCUGGCGGAGAUCCUGCAAGCCAAUGACAAUCUGACACAGGUGAUCAAUCUCUACAAGCAGCUUGUGCGGGGAGAAGAGAUCAAUGGGGAGAUGGUGGCUGGUCCCCUUCGAGGCAGCACCUCAGCACUUCUGGAUCUGUCAGGCCUGGAUCUUCCAGCAACGGGCCCUUCCUACCCAGCCUUGCCCACCCUUUCAGGUGGCUCAGCAGUACCUGUGCCUGACCAAGCUGGCUCUGUCUCCUUGCUGGAUGAUGAACUCAUGUCUUUGGGCUUAAAUGACCCAGCACCGCAUCCUGCCCAGGCUAGUGACAGCAGUGGCUGGAACAGCUUCCAGUCAUCAGAUAACAACGAGCUCAGUAUCACCCCUAUCAUGGCAAUGCCACCAGUCAAAGCAGAUGCUGGCGCUUCCUCCCCCAAACCUUCUCCUUUCACCAGUGGCCUGGAUGACUUGGAUCUCCUGGGCAAGACUCUUCUGCAACAGUCUCUGCCUCCAGAGUCCCAACAAGUGCGAUGGGAGAAGCAGCAGCAGCCACCUCCCCGUCUCACCCUGAGGGAUCUCCAGAACAGGAGCAGCUCUGGCACCACGACCCACAAUCCCAGCACUCUGCCUGUGCUCCAGAGUGUUUCCCCUAACCCCACACUGCCCCUGACCUCAGAGCUGCCUGCCCCUGCUACGCUUCCAAAAGCUGCCACCACACCAGCAGGGAAUACUGCAGUCCCAUCACGGCCUCCGGCCACCGCGCUGCCCCAGGAGAUCUCGCUGGCCAACAUCACUGUGCCUCUGGAGUCAAUCAAACCCAGCAGCAUCCUCCCUGUGACAGUGUAUGAUCAGCACGGCUUCCGCGUCCUCUUCCACUUCGCUAAGGAUGCCCUGCCCGAGAGGCCUGAUGUGCUUGUCGUGGUGAUUUCUAUGCUUAGCACAGCUCCACAGCCCAUCCGCAACAUUGUCUUUCAGUCUGCCGUCCCCAAGGUGAUGAAGGUGAAGCUACAGCCUCCCUCAGCCACGGAGCUGCCAGCAUUCAACCCCAUUGUCCACCCCAGUGCCAUCACACAAGUCCUGCUGCUUGCUAACCCACAGAAGGAGAAAGUGAGGUUACGGUACAAGCUGACCUUCACCAUGGGAGAGCAAACCUACAAUGAAAUGGGGGAUGUGGACCAGUUUCCCCCGCCGGAGUCCUGGGGGAAUCUCUAG